CGAGAAUUAGCAACACUUCUUAAAUUAGUUUAGCCUUAGAGGGCACAAAUCCUUUGGUAGCCGUUAUUAAUGAGUCACCCCACGGACUGAUCAGAAUAGGAUUUCUCUCCUUGGUCAGCCCCAAGGUCCUUACCUUUUUGUUUCAGCCUCAUACACCCAAAUCAGACUGUCCCCCCCACUGAGCCUAACAUAUAUCUUUUGGUUCAGACCCUAACACAAAUCUCAGAACCCUAUUCCCCAUUCUCUCUCUCUCUCUCUCUCUCUCUCUCUCUCUCUCUCAAAAUUCAGAAGAAAAAUGAGGCCAUCGAAGCCUCAAACCUCUAUCAACCUUAAGCUCAUCCUCGUCUGUUUUCUCUGUCUUCUCCUCUUCCUUUUGGUAUUCAAAUCAAACUUCACACCUUUCCAAGAAAAUCAUCCAUCACCCAUCUUAGAAACUCAUGUAUCAAACUCAACCAGUACUCCAGCUGCAGAAGAACAACCACCAUCACGAGAUUGUCCAUCUCUACCCCUCACACCAACUUGCACCAAAACCCCACCCUCCCUAGCCCAAGCUCUUGUCCACUAUGCAACCCUCAACAUCACCCCACAACAAACCUUCAAUGAAAUCUCGGUGUCCUUGAGAGUUCUUCAAAAGAAGGCACCCUGCAACUUCCUGGUCUUUGGCCUAGGCCAUGACAGCCUCAUGUGGACUGCGCUCAACCAUGGUGGCCGCACCAUCUUCCUCGAAGAAGACAAGUCCUGGAUCGAGCAAAUCAAGCAGAAGCUCCCCAGCUUGGAAUCCUAUCAUAUAGUCUACGACAGCAAGGUUCACCAAGCAGAUGAGCUGAUGGAGGUUGGCAUGGGAGAGGACUGCAAGGUUGUUGUUGACCCAAGAUUUUCCAAGUGUAAACUUUCAUUGAAGGGGUUUCCAAAUGAGGUGUAUGAUGUGGAAUGGGACUUGAUAAUGGUGGAUGCACCAACUGGGUAUCAUGAUGAGGCACCAGGGAGGAUGAGUGCCAUCUACACUGCAGGGCUGAUGGCUAGGAAUAGGGAAGAUGGUGAGACUGAUGUGUUUGUGCAUGAUGUGGAUAGGGUGGUGGAGGACAAGUUUUCCAAGGCAUUUUUGUGUGAGGGCUACUUUAGGGAACAAGAAGGCAGGAUUAGGCAUUUUACCAUUCCAAGCCAUAGGACUCGAUCCGGAAGAUCCUUUUGCCCAUGAAAAAUGAGGACCACUUCCGGUUUGAAAGUUGCUUUUUCAACAAAUUCAAUGACAUGGUAUGCAAGUUUUUACCAAAUUACAAGCAUUCAUGCAUUGAGUUUUGUGGAAAACCCUGUUUAGACUACUUAUUCAAUAGUCUCUCUUAGGUUCUUUUUCUUAUGUUUUCUUGAAGGGGGAAUUUUUUUCCCAAGUCUUGAAAAGGAGAAGAGAAGAGGAAAAACUUAUUAAAGAGAAUGUGAAGAAGGUUUCUUACCAAUAAAUGAGACAAAAUUAAAGAGGUGAAAGUUGCUUCCCAACAUAUGCCUUUUAUAGGCAUUUUAUUAAUUCCCCUUCUUGUGCCCUUUCUUGAGAUUAAUUUGGAGGGCCAAAGUAUGGGGUUUAGACCCUUUUUUAUUAUUAUUCUUUAAAUGAUUUUUCCUUGUUUUAUUGUGAUUUUUUUCCCACCCUUUUUCCCUUCCUUCGAAGGGUUACCUUGCAGCACUUGUAAGUAUCAUAAUUUCAUUAUCAAUGCACUGAAUUCUUGAGUUUGUAUCAA